GGAGGUUUGGCCUCUUGUCGGGGAAGGCUCGGAUCCGGCAGGGGUGGGAGGAAGCUGACACUCGUGCUUUCUGAUCAGGCGCCUUCCUCCUGCUCCCUGCCCGCUCACCUCGUGCAACCGGCUUCCUUAUAAAGCGUUCCCCAAUGGCAGAUUACCUGAUCAGCGGGGGGACCGGCUAUGUCCCUGAUGAUGGUCUUACAGCUCAGCAGCUCUUCGGAGCCGGCGAAGGACUCACCUACAAUGACUUCCUCAUUCUCCCCGGGUACAUAGACUUCACGGCAGAUCAAGUGGACCUCACCUCUGCGCUCACCAAGAAGAUAACCUUAAAGACCCCGUUAGUGUCCUCCCCGAUGGAUACUGUAUCAGAAGCUAAUAUGGCCAUUGCAAUGGCGCUUACAGGUGGUAUCGGUGUUAUUCAUCAUAACUGCACUCCGGAAUUUCAAGCAAAUGAAGUUCGGAAAGUGAAGAAAUACGAGCAGGGAUUCAUCACAGACCCGGUGGUCUUAAGUCCUAAACACAGAGUCCGAGAUGUGUUUGAGGCCAAAGCCCGUCAUGGCUUCUGUGGGAUCCCCAUCACAGACAAUGGGAAGAUGGGGAGCAAGCUGGCAGGAAUCAUUUCAUCCAGAGACAUCGAUUUCUUAACAGCCGAGGAACACGACCAGCUGCUUAGCGAAAUCAUGACCAGACGGGAGGAUCUUGUUGUAGCUCCAGCUGGGGUCACGUUGAAAGAAGCCAAUGAAAUUUUGCAGAGGAGUAAAAAAGGCAAGUUACCCAUCGUUAAUGAGAACGACGAGCUGGUAGCAAUUAUCGCUCGCACCGAUUUGAAGAAAAACAGGGAUUAUCCGCUCGCCUCUAAGGACGCCAAGAAGCAGCUGCUGUGUGGGGCAGCCAUCGGCACCCACGAAGAUGACAAGUACCGUCUGGACCUCCUGGUGCAGUCCGGCGUGGAUGCCGUCGUUCUCGAUUCUUCUCAAGGAAACUCCAUUUUCCAGAUAGACAUGAUAAAGUACAUCAAAGAGAAGUACGCCGAUCUGCAGGUCAUUGCCGGAAAUGUGGUGACGGCCGCGCAAGCAAAGAACCUGAUCGACGCAGGCGCCGACGCCUUGAGAGUGGGGAUGGGGAGCGGCUCGAUCUGCAUAACGCAGGAAGCGGCACCCAUGAUUCCUCCAGACCUAAAGUCUCACAGCCCCAAAUGCCCUUCUAAUGUGACGGGCAGUUAUAUGCUGGCAUGUGGCAGACCUCAGGCUACGGCCGUCUACAAAGUCUCGGAGUACGCCAGAAGAUUUGGUGUUCCUGUGAUAGCAGAUGGGGGAAUUCAGUCUGUUGGACACAUUGCAAAAGCCCUGGCCCUCGGUGCCUCCACAGUCAUGAUGGGUUCCCUGCUGGCUGCCACCUCUGAAGCCCCAGGCGAAUACUUCUUCUCCGACGGCAUCCGACUAAAGAAAUACCGCGGCAUGGGAUCUCUGGACGCCAUGGACAAAAACGUGAGCAGCCAAAAGAGAUAUUUCAGCGAGGCCGAUAAAAUCAAAGUAGCCCAAGGUGUGUCCGGUGCUGUGCAGGACAAGGGAUCCAUCCACAAGUUUAUUCCUUAUUUAAUUGCUGGAAUCCAGCAUUCCUGCCAGGAUAUCGGCUCCAAAAGCUUAACUCAAGUCAGGGCGAUGAUGUAUUCUGGUGAACUUAAAUUUGAAAAGAGGACGAUGUCCGCGCAGGUGGAAGGCGGGGUGCAUGGGCUCCAUUCGUAUGAGAAAAGACUGUUUUAGCGAGCCUGAACAUUCCCGUUGCUUCAUCACCCAUCACCUUACAGCAGAGAACGUUCCUCUCCGACCUCAACACGCGUGUCCAGGAGCUACAGUUACAGCAGCCUUCUUACAUCUCGCAGGGGCGCUUACCAUAUAAAUACCCAUAAUCACUACUGCAUGAGAGGUUUACACCAGGUACUGGUUUUAUUGAACGCAAAGCUACAGGGUAGAUCUAGAAACCGAUAAAAAAAAAAAACGGAUGUAAUAAGUGCUGCGCCCCAGAUGCUAAAACCUGCGACCAUCAUCACAUAUCCAAAACACUUCAAACAACUAUGCUGUUCUGAUAAGAGGAACCCCUAAACCUGCGUACCCGGAUCAGAACACCAUAUCUACUAAAUGCGUAGCUUUUUACAGCAUUGUAAUUCAGUGCCUGAUUUAUUGGGUUGUGAAUCGUGUGCUACUCUUACAGAGGGUGGGGGGUGGUGGCUGAACAGUUUAGGUUAUAAGUGUUCUUUUCAAAAACAAUGACUACUGUGUGUUUCAUUAUUACGCUGUUUUUUAUAUGUAAGAUGGUAUGACACCCGUCAAUAAAAAAUAUCUGCAAGUUA